AUGUUGAGUUUAUCGCGUUGCCCAAGUAAGAAGAGAAAGAAGAAAUCUUCCUCAUCGUCAUCUUCGUCGUCAUUGACCGUUGUUCCAAAGAGCAGCAUUGCUUCAAUGGAUCUAUACAAGACAAAAGAAGAAGAAGAAGAAGAAGAUGAUGAUAUUUCUUUUUCUCCUCCACAGUCAUCUUCGAAUUCCAAAACGGUAAAUGGUGAACCUUUGAAAGAAAACCAAGAGCAACAAGUUCAAAAGUUGAAACGACAUCGCGAACGCAAACGACGACGACAGAUGCGUAUGGAAUCUGCUCUGGAAAGCAUCCUGAAACCUUGCGUUCAACUAUCAGACUCUACAGAAUUGAAACGCAUGGAAACCAGGUUUUGGAAUGACAGUGAUUCGGAUGAUGAGUAUGAUGAGAUUGAGGAGCAAACACCUGGUCCUCCGUUCGCUGAGCCAUUUUGUCACAUAAGCACCAAAUCACAAAACACAACUACUGACAGGACAAAAGAAACGGCAGUCACGGGGUCGAAGCCACCGAUUCUCAAUCUAUCUCUGGGAGGCAACGUGAAUGGAAGUAAAUCAGACAACGAUCCAGAAACACCAAUCACGACCAAGAAAAGAAUAUCCAAACUAGGCCAACAAGCAAGGCCAUCUUCGCCAAAAACAAAGGACAAAGAAGUAACGUCCUCUGGAUUGAUUAAUACAUAUGAUAUCCAAAUAUUGUCAGCGGAUGAACUAGACUCCGGAGAUGUAGAGUUUGAUGAAGACGACGAUAAUCGUUUCCCAUGUUUGCGAGCAAAUGGUAAAAGCAUGACCGGCGUUCAAUCUGGUCACAACUCGACAGUUCCAAAGAGUGAUAAGGAUAAGGGUCCUAUAAUUCCGCAUUCAAGAGAUUGUGGUCUUGAGUUGAACGGAAAUGAGGCUUUGAAAGGCAAAACUAAAGAAUCUAACCAAUCAAGCCACGAGGUAACAAAUCAGGCUGCCGGAUUGAUUGCUCCGUCUACAACAGAUGCACCAGAAAAAGCGAUGACUUCAAUUUCACAGUCGGACAGCAAUGUACAACCCAAAGUUCCCCCGUCUUCCUUAUGUGAAAAUGUGAACAUUCGAUCACCCGCUAAAUUACAAACUGAACAUGACCUUUUCCGACCACACCAGCUUCGAUCCAAAAAUCGUCCUUCGCAACUGAAAUCGACUGACCAGUUAGAACUGGAGAGUAAGGUGACAGAGGCAACAGCAUCGGAUACAGAACCAGCGAUCAGUUCAGCCACUUUUCCCGAUGAGCAAACAGAGCUGAUCUUGGUUGAAAACCAUGCAGCAAAAAGCGGGUCAAAUAUACUGCAAAAACCCAAGUCAAAAGCAAGUAAAUCGUCAGUAUCGCCCACACCAUCAUCAUUUAAGAGUGCCAAGACCAUCCCCAAGCAUGAAAAAGUGGCAUCAGAUGAUACUGAAGGAACGUCUCCCAACAAGAAGCGGCGAAAACGAGUUGCGAAAAAGUCUGAAGUUCCUGCUACGGAAUGCGUCGAAAUGGAUUCUGACUGUGAUCAUGUAGCUUCGAAGAAAACAUCACAACGAGGAAAGAAACGUGAUAGAAAACGUUCAUGUGCCCUCUGCACUACAUGUCCCUGUCGAAAAGCCAGAAGUGACGAAACAUUCGGAGAAUUAGGCCUCCAGAGUUUUGCCCAAUCUGACAGCGCGAUGGAAAAGGCAUUGAUUAGAAGAUUGAAGAAGAUCGAGAAGUCCUGUGAAAAUCUACAAGAUCAGCAAGAGACGAUAAAAAGAAAGCUAAAGAAACAUCGGCGUGAUAUUUUGCGAAAGAAAACAAAGGUACCAUCCGAGGAUGAGGGUAUCUCGUAUUUUCUUCCUGACGCCGACGAACUGGACACUUCCGAAUGCCAGCCCACUAGGGUGGCUGAUGAUUGGGUCACGUACGCUCAGAAACGUAUGUUUCCAUCCACGUUAGAUGAUAAUCAGCCAAGUCUUACCCAGCUCGGCUUUUGGUCAUCAAAAUCGAAGAAACCUAUCGAUGAAUCAGAAGAGCCUCCUGACACACACAUCGAAACCCAAGGCGCAUCGACAGAAGAUUCCCAUCACGAGCCAGUUGAAUCAGUUGUGGAUGAAUUUGAGAUCGGCAAAUCUCAGAACUGUACAAACGAAUAUGACAAACGUGAAGAUGAAGAAGAUUCCAAAGCCUCGUUUCUGGAAUCAACAACAGAAGAAGACAUUGAAACAGGAGAUACAAGGUCUGGAUGCGAGAAAGCCUAUCGAAUUACUUGGCGAAAUGGAUCGAAAAGGACAAACGAUUUAGUUGCAACUAGUGCCCUUGAGGGGCUUGUGGUCCAUCCAGAAGAAGCGCAACAAGUCGAUGAUGCAAACUCGGUACUUUCUCUAACUCAAGAAGAGCGUCCAAUGGGAAGAAUCGAACCAUGUCCAUGGGAUAGCCUCUUCUCGGAUUGCGCGAUGGGAAAUGAAAUUGACCACUUUGUGAAGUUGACUGGUUUCAAAUCCCUAUGCGGCACACAGGAAUCAAGUGCCAGAAGUGUUUGUGGAGUUGGCAACUCUGUUGCGAGCUGCUUUGAUGAUUCGACACAAGGUGGGGCUCGUAUUUUUAUCACAAAAAUCAGUUCUGACGUCACGAAUGUUGACGCCCUCAAAAAAGUUUGUCCUAAUUGGAAAGAAAACGUUUCAUUUGCAUUUGGUCAAAGCAAGGAAGACAUUCAAAAUGCACUUGAGAAUUUGCAAGAAUCUCGGACUAGAUUAUAUCGAACAAAGCAAAUGAUACUCGAUGCAUGGGAUCGGAACAGAACGACCAUGGAUAUUUUUAAGGACGCCUUGGAAAAAUCUCUUAAUCGAUUCAAAUCUUGA